AUGCUCAAGAAUUACUUCCAGCUAUGCUUGCUAACUAUUCAGGACCAAGAGUUAAACCUGGGGCUUCUGUGUCUCGGCCUGAAUGCAAGGAACAGAGGCAUUAUAAAUCUUCAGAGGCUCUUCUGGCUCUCCUCUCUCCUUCAGUCUGCUGUCUCUGUCCACUUGAGGAGGAACAUUGGUAUGACUGCAGUGGUUUUCAGUAAGGAACUUGAUCCUGUCCAGAAAAUCUUCAUGGACAAAAUCAGAGAGUACAAAACUAAGCGACAGUCAUAUGAAGGCCCUGUGGAUACUGGCCCAGAAUGUCAGCAAGAGCUGGACUGGGAGCUCUCCAAGCUUAAGCAAAUGCAUGGCAAGGCAGACAUGAAAACGUUCCCCUACUUCACAUUUGAAGAACCCAAAUUCAAAGUCAUUGAUAAACCCCAGUCCUGA